AUGGGGGAUACUACUGAGAAGUUUCCUGCAGGUAAAACUGUGAUAACUAGUGAUCACGCACUCAAAUUGGAAUUUGUUCCUGAGUGGAUUGCUAUUGUAGGAAGUGGUUACAUUGGUCUUGAAUUCAGCGAUGUGUAUACAGCACUUGGAAGUGAGGUUACAUUUGUUGAAGCUUUAGAUCAGCUCAUGCCUGGAUUUGAUCCUGAGAUUGGGAAAUUGGCUCAGCGGGUUCUUAUAAAUCCUCGAAAAAUAGAUUAUCAUACCGGUGUAUAUGCAAGCAAGAUCACUCCAGCAAAGGAUGGAAAACCUGUAACAAUUGAGCUUAUUGAUGCGAAGACAAAGGAACCAAAGGAUACUUUGGAGGUAGAUGCUGCCCUCAUUGCAACUGGAAGGGCUCCAUUUACGCAGGGACUUGGUUUGGAUAAAAUUAAUGUACAAACACAACGUGGAUUUGUUCCAGUUGAUGAACGCAUGCGAGUGAUUGACGCAAAUGGCGAGUUGGUUCCUCACUUAUAUUGCAUUGGUGAUGCAAAUGGGAAAAUGAUGCUUGCUCAUGCAGCAAGUGCACAAGGAAUCUCUGUUGUUGAGCAAGUUUGCGGGAAGGACCACGUGCUGAAUCAUUUGAGCAUUCCAGCAGCAUGUUUCACUCAUCCUGAAAUCAGUAUGGUUGGAUUAACAGAGAGGUGGCCACGCACACCUUUUGGUUUUGUAAUGUUCAAUCCAGAUGGGAGCUUGGAUGGAAAUCCAGGUAUCAAAGGUGGGGAGGAGCCUCAAGCGAGAGAAAAAGCUGAAAAGGAGGGAUUUGAAAUUAGUGUUGCUAAGACUAGUUUCAAGGCUAACACAAAGGCCCUCGCUGAAAAUGAAGGGGAGGGACUUGCUAAGUUGAUUUACAGACCCGACAGUGGAGAGAUCCUUGGUGUUCAUAUAUUCGGAUUGCAUGCUGCAGACCUCAUUCAUGAAGCGUCCAAUGCAAUAGCUAUGGGCUCUCGUAUACAGGACAUAAAAUUUGCUGUUCAUGCACAUCCAACCUUGUCAGAAGUUCUUGAUGAACUCUUCAAAUCAGCUAAGGUAAGGAGGAAAGCCUCCUUAGGUCCUGAACUGAGAUUCUCUCUCAUUUUACACUGGUUAAAGUUAACAUUUCUAGUCCAGUUGGUGAACCUGUUGCAGUCUAAGCUUCUUGGAGUUGUAUAA